CGUGCCGUCGUGCGUGUGUUCGCCAGUUCGCCAAACGCGUCACGGACGCCGCCGCACGCCAUGCUCAAUGGCAUGCGCCGGUGGAGCCCCGGCGCCCGCGCCUUCUCCGCGGCGCCGGCCGCGCGGGCCACCGUGCCGGUCGCGCACCUGGCCCCGCUCCCGGCGUCCCUGCCGGAGUCCGGCUACACCGUCACCCCGCCGGUCCAGCCCUGGCCGCGCCGCCUCACCGCGCGCUCGCUCUCCCGCCUUCUCCUCCUCCGCGCGCCCACGCCCGACGCCGUGGUCCUCGCCCUCCGCCACGCACUCUUCCACGCCGCCCCUCCGCUGCCUCCCUCGCUCCCGGUCUUCGCCGCCGCGCUCUCCCGCCUCGCCCGCGCCGCCGCCUCCGACGCCGACGCCGCGGCGCAACUCCUGCCCCCCGUCCUCUCCUUGCUCCGCGCCGCCCGCCUCCCGGCAUUCUCCGACCGCCCCUUCCUGCCGCUCCUCCGCGCGCUCCGCCCGCUCCCCUCCCUCCGCCUCUUCCUCUCGCUCCCGUCCUUCAACUCCCACCCCUCCGCCCGCUCCUUCAACGCGCUCCUCCACUCCCUCGUCUCCGCGCGCCGCCUCCGCCUCGCCGCCGCGCUCUUCCGCUCAGCGCGAACCAAGCUCUACAUCACGCCCAACCUCGUCUCCUGCAACAUCCUGCUCAAGGGGCUGGUUGGCGUCGGUGACCUCGAUGCUGCACUAAAGGUGCUCGACGAAAUGACUGGCUGGGGGAUCGUCCCGGAUGUCGUCACGUACACCACGGUUCUCACUGCAUACUGCGGCAAAGGGGAUCUUGAAGGUGCGCAGAAGCUCAUUGAUGAUAUUAUUGCCAGCGGGUGUAGGCCGGAUGCUACAAUGUACACCGUGCUCAUAGAUGGGUACUGCAUGUGUGGGAAGCUACAAGAUGCAGCCAGGAUAAUGGAUGAGAUGGAAGCUGCUGGGGUGCAGCCGAAUGAGGUUACAUACUCUGUGGUGAUUGAGGCGUGCUGCAAGGAGGGAAAAUCUGCGGAGGCACGUGAUUUGAUGAGGGAAAUGCUAGGUGCAGGGUAUGUCCCAGACACAUCACUGUGUGCCAAAGUAAUCGAUGUUCUAUGCCAGGAUGGAAAGGCAGGGGAGGCGUAUGAGAUGUGGAGAUGGAUGGCGAAGAAGAACGUCCCGCCAGAUAAUGCUGUCACGAGCACAUUGAUCUACUGGUUAUGCAAGAAUGGAAUGGUUCAGGAGGCGAGGAAGAUGUUCAAUGAGCUUGAGAAGGGGUUCAUGCGAAGCUUGUUGACGUAUAACUCCCUUAUUUUAGGAUUAUGUGAGAAAGGGGAAUUACAGGAGGCUGGGAGGGUGUGGGAUGACAUGGUCGAACGGCGAUAUGAACCAAAUGCAAUGACUUAUGAGGCUUUGAUCAAGGGUUUCUGCAAAAUGGGCAAGUCAAAUGAAGGUGCUGCACUGUUUAAGGAGAUGGUGGCCAAAGGGUGCACUCCAAGCAAGUUUAUUUACCAAGUAUUGGUUGAUAGCCUUUCUGAGCGGAGUCAUGAUGAUACUUUUUGCACUAUUAUUGAAGCUGCAGUUUUAAGUGGUCGGGAUUUCUUGGAUGCUGAAUCGUGGGAAAUAUUUAUCAAAAAAGUGUUAGAUGCAAAUGAAUCUUGGACAAAGCAUCUUGAUUUGGUGCUAACUAUGUAGCCACAAAGAAUUCAGAUUAUAGCUGGAAGCCUGGAACUUCUUAUUUGUUCUGAGACUUUUUCUCGUGAAAAUUAUGUCAUUGGGCUUCUUCAGAAAAUUAAUCAGGUUAGUCUAUUCCCCUGGGCCUGGCACUA